AUGCCUAGUGAGCAUGAUCGCGAAGCUGUGGAUGAAGCAUCGUCGCCCUCGAGCGCGGGGCAAUUUGUUGCGAAGGUGAAUCGCUUGAGUUUGGGCUCCUCGAGCGACAGCGAAGGUGAGAGACCAGCACGGAACGGCUGCCCCAGGGCCGACGCAUCUCAGGAGGCCCCUUCCUUCCGCACACUCACUGCAGCGACGAACGCCGACGAUCUGGCACCGUCAGCCUUCAGCGGUGCUGAAGCGCAUGUGAGUGGCACAUGUCGACCAUGUGUCUUUCACCCCUCUGCCGUCGGCUGCAGCCUGGCGGACCGCUGUUGCUACUGCCACGAGAGUCACGUGACGCGUCGCUCCUCCGUCCGGGGCAUCCGCAAGCACACGCGCGAGCGGAUUAAGGAACGGGUCCUACCUUUACUUGCGCCUCCUCGAGAACUGGAUGCCGUGCGGGAGCAGCUGCAGCUGGAAGCCUUGCGACAUCCCUGGGCACGGCGACUAAUUCACAAGUGCUUAGAGAAGCCUCCGGACCAGUUGCAAUGA